CGUAUGGUGGAUCUUUUCCCCCCCAAUUCCAGGAAUACUAUAUAAUCCAGUCCGGGUUUCUCCACAUGCUCAUAUCUCUGAAAAGCGCAACGACGGGCUAUCAGGACAGUAGGUGGGAAGAGCCUGAGUUCCUACAAUGGCGGUAGUGCACCGGAGUCAUGGAACUCAACGGUUCAAACACAGGAAAACCUUUGCUGCAAGGAAGGAGGAAUCUGCACUCGUUCGCUCCAAGUACCCACAGAAGAUCCCGGUUAUUGUGGAGCGCUUUCCAGGCGAGGUUCAUCUGAGUUCCUUGGAGAGAACUAAAUACCUGGUUCCUCAGGAUGUGUCGAUGGGCCACUUCACCACCACUAUCAGGUGGCGAGUGCCUUUAAACCACUUGAAGGACAGAAUGCGGAACUGCCUGACCUGGAAAUCGGAGACUCAGUACUGAUACGAGAUUGGGAGCGCCCUAAACUUGGACCUCGGUGGAAGGGGCCCUUCCAGAUACUACUCCAAACUCCAACAGCCGUGAAAGUAAAGGGCCAGGAACGCUGGAUUCAUCUGAGCGACUGUAAACGAUGGCCGCCGGAAGAAAGAUGAUAUUUCUUAAAUUCGGACUCCUUACCAUUACUAGUACUCUUGUGUGGGCGUUAGAGGAGAAUUUGUUUUACAAAGUACAUAUGCAGCUACAUGGGAAUCGCACCAUUUGCUACCCCUUGGCAGAGUCAGUGGAAGGUCUUUUUGUAGCCACACCAAGCUGGAGCCCCAGGGCCCUCAUAAGGUAUGAAUACUCAAAAACAAAGUGUAUUGGGCAGACAGGAACUAACCGGAGGGUGCUACCAGGUAAAUGCUUGCAAAGAACAGUAAGAAGUCCUAGUAGCACAACCCACCACCAGUCCUUCUCUCACUGCUUCACUGGGGUUGUGGGAUAGUGAUCGUACAGCACACGAUAUCACGUGCCACUACUACUUGGACAGAGAGGAAUUGCGGGUUUAAGGGAGGAAUGGUUUAGGUGUGAGUGCGCUGCCACUAGGUGUGUGAGGUUACUUGCAGGAGAGCGAUGGGUUUGUGGGGAAGGGAAUGGGACCCAUGUGAAAUUGUCUAAUGUCUCUUUAGAAUGGCUAACCAGGGAGAAUUACCUAAGGGAGCAUGAGAGAGAUGUUGCUGGGAUCUCUUGGUAUUCUCAAAUGCCCAGUUCACGGCAAUCGGGUAAUGUAACCUGUUACCGGGCCAAGGAAGGGUAUAUGUUCCUCUUUAAUGGCACUUACACCACCGCCACCCCCACUCUGCCAGCCUGGAUUGCAAUGGGAACGAUCGGGCCGCUCACAGUCCCCUGCCCCCAGAAGGCUCAUGUCCGACGAAGACUUGUGGUGCAGUCAGUUAGUGAGGAGUUCUGUGAGGAUUGGAGGGAUCCUAUGUCAUUGGGGUCUCCCUUAUUGUCGUUAGGCUAUGCAUUCCUGAGUACUCUCUCUCUGGGGGGGGGGGGGGUUCGGCAGCAACUAUAGCUGCAAAAAACUGGAACUACCUUAUUUGUGGACUGGCUGCACUGGGAAACAGUACUAUGGAGGGCCUGAAGGCAGUGAACCGGGAACUGGCGGAGCUUCGACUUUAUGCCCAGCAGACCCGGUAUGCUGUGGACUACCAGUUGGCUCAGCAAGGAGGAGUAUGUGCCAUAGUAGGGGACAAAUGUGUCACUAAUGUGAGAGAUGACUCCUGCAACAUCUCUCAUACCAUUCAGGACAUGCAGAGGCAAGUAGAUCGUUUUAGGCAGGGAUUUUCAGGAGGGACAGGUUGGUUGGGGUGGCUACUAGGAGGAUCGUGGGCAUCAUACCUGCUGCAUGGAGCGGUGGGACUAAUCCUUACUAUAAUAGUAUGCUGUGUGGUGCUGGCCUGUCUAAAUACCUGUUGCAAGGUCCUUAUUAAUAAGCUCUCGGCCCUGUUCUCUGCGCCACUCUAGUUUAUCAUGUAGUGAUAAAAAGGAGGGAAUGAGAAAGAAAAGGGUUAAGAAUUGUGACCAUACCUUUAGCUGAUAGAAAAAAUACCUCUCCAACAAGAGCAAGCAAGCCACUGACUCACUGGAUGGAGUAUUAAAUACUUUGUUUCUGGGGUAUUGAUCUGUCCCAAUCUGCUAGACCGUGGCAAUACUGGGUGCAAUAAACAUCGAGGUGGAAUCUUGGUCUAAACAAUGAGGGGUGAUACCUGCCUUUGAAUUUCUUGAUUAUAACUCAAUUAUAAUAAACAUUGUGUGCUGUCUCGGGUUGAUUGAAACUUGUGGCGCCGUAUGCAUUAAGUGUGCAUGACGAUACCUGUAUAAAUCUCUGUCUACCCCUUUGUACGGGGAGAACUCGGGAAGCGACUCUUGAUGAGUGCUGAAGAGCCUCCUCCUCAGCGGUGCACGGCUAAUAAACAUGUUUUAUCGAAUCGCCCUCGUGGCACUGUGUAACUUUACAUCGGACAGCAGUGGGAAUUGAAUUAUGGGACAACGUGAGGUUCCUCUGUUCCAUAAUGUACCCUAUCAUUCACUGUAUGUCCUACCCUGGUUUGAUCUCCCAAAAUGCAAUACCUUGUAUUUAUCUGGAUUGAUGAUAGAGAUUAGUUGCUGGCCACAAAGUGAAAGUUGGAACAUCUAACUUCCAUUGUAGGACAGCAGCACUGGUGAUCCAGUUGCAUAGGGGAGACUAGAGGGCUGAAUUCUUUGUGGAAACAGUCCAUGGUGGGACCAUAGCAACACUAACAACCAAGUGGUAUAUACUAGCAGUGGAUCUGCUUGAACUAAAAUUUGAAACAUUGGGAGAAUGAGGUAUAAAAAUAUCAUGGCUGGAGUUCUGGAAACCAUGGCACAGAUUCCAUUUAUCUGUCUACUUUAAAUAUUGCAGCUGGUUGUAAUUUAACUUAUUCUACUGAAGUCCUGCAUUAGUGGAAGGUUGGGACAAACUUGAAAGGGAAUGUUAUUGCUCAACUCCCUUUUGAACAACAUCAUCUGUGGUCCAUGUUCUAUCCCACUACUAUGAUAAGAUGGACUCUUGACCUCUCAAUCUACCUCA